AUGAUGCUUCGCCCACUGCUUCUUUUAAUUCUCGCUUCCGAGGCAUCAGGUUUUGUGUCCUCGCAGCACCGCCAUCAUCAUGCUGUCCCAACGACACCAAUCCCUCUGCAAGACCAGCAGUGCUACCCAUCAACCGCGACUUCUUUGAUGCUUGGAAAGAAUGACAAUACCGGUAGUAGCGAUGAUAAUAAUGAGGACAUGCUUCAGAAGUUUCGUCAAUCUGUUCAGGUCGCGGAUGGCGCGAUCAAGUCGGUCUUCCUGGCAGCUGCUCUCUCCAUUGCUACUUGGUCAGCUCCUGUGGCUGUGCCAACAGCUGUGGCCGCCACAGACCCGGGUGCCAUUGUCGGCUGUUUGCUGUCCAAGUGCCAGGUACAAUUUGCAAAGUGCAUAACCAACCCAGGUUGCUUGGCCAAUGUGAUUUGUAUCAACUCUUGCAACGACAAAGAUGAUGAAACUGGAUGCCAGAUUAAGUGUGGAGAUAUCUUUGACAAUGCAGUCAUUGGCGAAUUCAACAAAUGUGCCGUGUCCGACAUGAGUUGUGUCCCUCAAAAGCCAGAUGAAGGAUUAUACCCGGAACCCACUCAUGCACAAAUGGUCCCUGACUUUAAAACCAAGUUCUUUGAUGGAAAGUUAUACAUUACCGCCGGAUUGAAUCCACUGUUUGAUAUCUUUCCCUGUCAGGUUCACUUCUUCACAGAGUCAUCUCCAGGCACCUUCUUUGGAAAGCUGAACUGGGACAUUGUCGAACCAGAUGGUGAGCUCUUUACCCGAGAUGCACUGCAACAAUUUGUGCAAGAUCCAAAGGAGCCGGCACACUUGAUCAACCAUGACAAUGAAUACUUGCAUUACAAAGAUGAUUGGUACAUUAUUGACUAUGAGUAUGCCGACAACAAGGACGGAAUUCCACCCUUUGCCUUUGUCUACUACCGAGGUAGCAAUGAUGCAUGGGAUGGCUACGGUGGUGUAGUGACAAUUCUUGUCGAAGAAUUGAUGACACUGAGAAACUGGAACUGCGAACACGAUUCUUGGGUGAUGUAG